AAAUAAGUGAAACUUUGGAAUUUUCUGUAGUAAAUAUUAAUGCACAUAUAAAAUUUUUCUUAUUAUAGCUGAAAUAUGGUUGGAAUACUGUUCAGUGUUUUCAGCAUGUUGUGGCAUUCCGUGUCAUUCAUCAGCUUACAGACUUUAGGAAUCCUAUUAUUUGGAAUUUAUUUUUAUCGUUUAAUUAAAAUAUGUUACAACUACUCGAUUGGAAGAAUAUUGUUUUCAAAACGAAAGAACUUGAAACAAUCAGGUGAAUGGGCAAUUGUGACUGGUGCCACUGAUGGAAUAGGCAAAGCAUACGCGGAGGAAUUAGCUAAAGAUGGUUUAAAUAUUAUGUUAAUAAGCAGAAAUUUGGAAAAAUUAAAAAGUGUCGCCAAUGAAAUUGAAUCGUCUUAUCAUGUGAAAACGCGUAUUGUUGUUGCGGAUUUCACACAAAAUAAUAUUUAUGAAUCAAUUGAAAGAGAAAUCUCUCAAUUAUCAUCCAUUGCUUGCCUUGUUAAUAAUGUUGGCAUGAGUUAUCCAUAUUUUGAUUAUUAUACAAAUGAUAAAUUUAUGAAUAUAAAUUUUAUACAAAAUUUAAUUGCUUGUAAUACACAAUCUAUAGCAAUUAUGACUUAUAUUGUUUUACCAAUCUUAUUAAAACAACAAAUAAAUAAUUCAGCUAUUAUAAAUAUUGGUUCAAUGUUAGGUUAUUUACCAUCACCAUUUAAUUCAUUAUAUGGUUCCACUAAAUCAUUUAUACAUCAUUUUUCUAAAUCUAUUCAAGCUGAAUUAAAUCUAUCUAAUCAUAAUCAUAAUAAUAAGAUAAUAAUUCAAACUGUUUAUCCAUUAUUUGUUGCUACAUCUAUGUCACGUACAACUAGAACAUCAUUGUUUAUACCAUCUCCUAAAAAUUAUGUGAAUAGUGCAUUGAAUAUGUUAGGUGUAGAAGAAUUUACAAAUGGUUAUUUUCCACAUGCAUUACAAUGUUAUGUAUUAACUUCAAUACCUAUAUCAUGGGUUUAUAAUAAAUUUAAACAAAUUGCUGAUAAAGCACGUAAAAAAUAUCAAUAA